AUGCACAUGGAAAUGCACCCAAAGGUGCGCUCUGUUAACAACUCGCGACGCGGUUGCAGAAGAUUACAUCCAUCUGCAGAGGCGUCGCUGAUGAUAUCUCCAAUUUGCGGCCAACGAUGGUUGCAUGCUAAUCUCUACCUUCCAUACGAACCUACUUUAGGGAGCCCUCCUCGUUCUUUCUUGUUGGGCGGGAGCCAACCGGAUCCGAAAGCAGCUGCCGCGUAG